AGACCAUAAGAAUCAAACCCAAACCCAAACCCACAAUUUUUUUUUUUUGUUCACUUCGAUCUUCAAAGAGGACGGAGAAAAUGGUUCAAGCGGCGAGGCUCUCUCUCAGGAUGCAGAAGGAGUUGAAGCUCCUUCUUACUGACCCGCCUCCAGGCGCGUUGUUUCCGUUCCUCACGUCCGACUUUGACGUCUCUUCUUUGUCCUCCAUUGACGCCCGUAGUCUUCCCUUCCACCUGAACCUUUUUUCCCUUAUAAUUCAUUUUUUAAAGUAUAUUCACUUGAUUCACGUUCAUUACCUUCUUUCUUUACAUGUCGUGUUUACAGAGAUCGAAGGGCCUGAAGGUACUGUAUAUGCCAACGGAAUCUUUAACAUUAAGAUUCAGAUACCAGAAAGGUACCCAUUUCAGCCCCCAAUAGUGACCUUCGCUACGCCAAUUUACCACCCGAAUAUUGACAAUGGUGGCCGGAUUUGCCUUGACAUUCUUAAUCUUCCUCCCAAGGGGGCUUGGCAACCAUCAUUGAACAUUUCAACUGUUCUAACGAGCAUAGGGUUACUACUAAGCGAACCAAACCCAGAUGAUGGCUUAAUGUGUGAAGCAAGCAAAGAGUACAAGUACAACAGACAAGUGUUUGACCAAAAGGCACGGUCCAUGACUGAGAAGUAUGCCAAGGCUGGAACUAGUGGGAACAGUGGUACUAGCAGCUCCAAGUCCAAGUGCAUUCAAGUCAACUCAGAUACAAACAAGUUUCAGGGAUUGAAGAGUGACGCCAACUUUGAAGUGAAUGAAUUUGUUUGUAGUCAUAAGAAGCCAUCUGGGUUCAGGCAGAAGAUGUCAUUGGAAUCACCAACCUUAAAGCAAAAGAGGGAAACUGAUGGACAAGCAAGAGAUGUGCCUACUGACCAACAUUUUCUCCUUGACUUUCAGAAUGAGGCAGAGGUAAACCAUAAAAGGAAAGAGGUUGAAGGCAUGCAUUAUGGCUGCAAUCUGAGUCAUGAAAAACCACAAGGUACGAAGAGAAAGUUGUCAUUGCCAUGUUCUGGUCAAGUUCAGAAGAGAGAUUUGGACACGGAAAAUGUGCUAAAUGAGUCUCUACCAUGUGAACCUCAAUCUAUUCCAGUAGCUUAUUCAGGGAUGUCAACACUAUAUGAAAGCAUAGGCCACAGGUACCAAGUUCAUCAGAGUCUAGCAAAUAAACCAGUAACUGGUGGCAUAAACUUGAAUAGAUUGCUAUGUCAAAGCAAGCAAAAGGAGCAAGUUGAAUCCACGGACAGCUCCAAAACAAAUUCUGGGAAUAAUCAGAAAACAUUUGAUGGUGACUUACUCUCCAAAAACCACAAUGUACUUCCAUCUCAUAAGGAUUACACAGAUGGAACUGGAAUUGGCUCUAGUGCUACAAAAUUUAAGGAGCAACAAUUGGCUUGUAAGAAGCUUUCAUUAGGAUUUAAAGGCUCAUCACAGAAACAGGCAGAAGACAAAAAAGAAAAUGUGAUGCCAGUUAACGAGUUGUCAGUUUCAAACUCGCAAAUUGAUUCUACAAAGGUUGCUAUUAGCCGCAAAUUGUCCCUUGAACCUCUGAGCCAACUGAAAGGGAGUACUGAUGUUGAUCAUCAUCAUAAUAGCCAGCUGGUCUGUCACUUGCGGAGCCACUUCAUGAAUGCAGCUGAACCCUUACCAUUGCCAUGGCAAUCAAGAGAUGCUGAGAAGCAGCAGAUAAGUCAGGAUGUCGCAGAAGAAUCAAUGAUAUCUGAGGCUGUAGUUGUGCUGGAUAGUGAAGAUAGUGAAUAAGGAAAUGGGUGUUGCAGGUCCGAGUUGUCUCUAGCAUGAAGACGAAUAUGGAAGAGAACGGCUAUAGCUUAAUAGACAGCCAAAGUUUCCAGCUGAAGGAUUUUGUUCUUGUUUGCUGCAUAUAGUGUGAUCUCCAAUUGCAUAUAUGGGAUAUUUAGGACUGCCGUACAUCAUAGAAAAAAAAAACUGUUUCAUGCUUCAAUGAUUUUGAAUAGGUAAUGACUUUUGGAUGCAGCACUAAUUCC